UAGUCAGGCCCGCCCCGCCGCCGGCUCCGCCCCCAAGGCCCCGCCCUCCCUCUAUUUCAGGACUGCCUUCCAGCGCAGCCGGGCCACGGAGUGCCGGUCAGCGGCCGCCUAGAAAUGGACCAAUUUUGACAAGAUGUAGUGCUGCAGCGCACCUGAUCGGACAUGUUCAGACAUGGCAUCCGAACUCUGUAAGACGAUCUCUGUGGCCAGGCUUGAAAAGCACAAGAAUUUGUUCUUAAAUUACAGGAAUCUGCACCAUUUCCCACUGGAGCUACUGAAGGAUGAAGGGCUGCAACACCUGGAGAGGCUCUACAUGAAAAGGAACUCCCUCACAACCUUGCCAGACAACCUUGCUCAGAAGCUUCCAAACCUUGUGGAACUGUACCUUCACUCAAAUAACAUAGUUGUGGUUCCAGAAGCCAUUGGGUCCCUUGUGAAACUCCAGUGUCUGGAUCUCAGUGACAACGCCUUAGAGAUUGUUUGCCCAGAAAUUGGUCGUCUGAGAGCAUUACGUCAUCUUCGAUUAGCUAAUAACCAACUACAAUUCCUACCUCCAGAGGUUGGCGAUUUGAAGGAGCUGCAGACACUAGACAUUUCUACCAAUCGUUUGCUAGCUUUACCCGAGAGGCUUCACCUGUGCCUUUCUCUGCAGUACCUCACUGUGGACCGCAAUCGGCUAUGGAGUGUGCCGCGCCAUCUCUGCCAGCUCCCCAGCCUCAAUGAGCUCUCCAUGGCUGGAAACCGUCUUGCAUCUUUGCCACUUGAUCUAGGUCGCUCUCGAGAACUGCAGUACGUGUAUGUGGAUAACAACAUCCACCUGAAAGGCCUGCCAUCGUAUCUCUACAACAAAGUCAUCGGCUGCAGUGGCUGUGGCAUCCCCAUCCAAGUGACUGAGGUGAGGCUGCUGACCUUUUCGUCUGGGCAGCUGACUGUCUUCCUCCCGGCUGAGGUGAAGGCCAUCGGCACAGAGAAUGAUCGUGUCCUGCCUCUGCAAGAGCAGGCGAUGCGAUGUCUCUACCACACCUACCACAGGCUUUGGAAAGAUGUGAACGUUUUGUCUCUAAUCUCAUUACCCAGAAGUCUCCUGGAGCUGCUGCACUGCCCCCUGGGGCACUGUCACCGGUGUAGUAAGCCCAUGUUUACCUUCGUCUAUCCCAAGCUCUUCCCCUUGAGAGAGACUCCGAUGGCAGGCCUGCACCAGGGGAAGACAACUAUUGGCUUCGUGGCUUACUGCUGCUCCACCCAGUGUCUGCGGACUUUUGACCUGCUGAGUUGAUAAACAUAAGAGUCUUAGGAGCACUGCCAGCUCGACACUGCAGCUGCCUGCCAUCGCCCAGUGUGUGUGGCGGGGCCAGGAGAGUCCAGCCAGGCAGAACAGACCCUUCCAUCCUGUCCUGCCCUGCCCUGCCCUAUCCAGUGCGGGUCCGUGCCGAACUCUCUGGAAAUGUCCUGAUUGGGCUUGACAACUGAAAGGCCUUCACCCUUCCCUCAAGUUGAAAUAUACCCUCCCUCAAAUUAAGGACAUUGUGUCUUGUGUGUUUUUCUUUUUAUGUGAGUGUGUCUCAUACAUAAACUAUUUAGUCAGAUGAGUUUCCCCACAUCUAAUUUAAAGCAAGUUGCCGUUCCCUGAAGAACUCUUAAUUUGAUAAUAGAACCAAAUUAACUCUUGGACGACAUACCUUUAGUGAGGAUCCUCUGUCUUUCUCCAGAGGAUUAUUUCCCCUUGAGAUUACUUUAUUCUCCGUCGCCUCUCCAUUGGAAACAUGUCAACUUCUAGAGUCUCCUAUGGCAACCCCAAUGGCCUCAGCAGCCUGCACAGCAGGGCAGGGUGCCCGCCCAGGCUGGCACAGCUAGGCUCCUGCAGAGGCACAGCAGGUUCCUGGGCACACGCCCUCUGGAAAGUUCCUGCAUUAUUUCUAAGUAUUGCAACCUAUGAAGACAUUUUUAAAGAGGAAUCUAAAAACAAAAUGUAGCACUAAUUAAAUACACUCUUGUUCUAAACUACAGGAAAACAAGUUUUGAAAGGUUUGGGUUUUUUGCUAAGAUUUUCUUAUAUAUAAUUGGGAAGCGUGAGGCCUCUGAUCCUCCACCGUGGAUGGGGCUUCAUGUCCUCUACCCUGUGCAUGACACUGCCUUCAUUUUACAUCUGAAUUCUCACCAGGAAAA